AUGCAACACAACAAACAAGAGACACCGAGCUGUAAGACAACAAACAAGAGAUACCGCGCUGUAAGACAACAAACAAGAGACACGGCGCUGCCAGACAAGAAACAAGAGACACGGCGCUGCAAGACAAAAUACAAGAGACACCGCGCUGCAAGACAACAAACAAGAGACACCGCGCUGAUAGACAACAAACAAGAGACACGGUGCGGCAAGACAAGAAACAAGAGACACCGCGCUAUAAGACAAGAAACAGAAGACACGGCGCUGCAAGACAAGAAACAAGAGACACCGCGCUGCAAGGCAAGAAACAAGAGACACUGCGCUGUAAGACAGGAAACAAGAGACAUGGCGCUGCAAGACAAGAAACAAGGCGCUGCAAGACAACAAACAAGAAACAAGGCGCUUCUAGAAAACAAACAAGAGACACGGCGCUGCAAGACAACAAACAAAAGACACGUCGCUGCAAGACAACAAACAAGAGACACGGUGCUGCAAGACAACAACAAGAGACACGUUGCUACAAGACAAGAAACAAGAGACACCGCGCUGCAAGACAACAAACAAGAAACACGUUGCUAUAAGACAAGAAACAAGAGACACAGCGAUGCAAGCCAAGAAACAAGAGCCACGGCGCUACAAGAAACAAGAAACAAGGCGCUGCAAAACAAGAAACAAAAGACACAGCGAUUUAAGCCAAGAAACAAGGGACACGGCGCUGCAAGACAAGAAACAAGAGACACCGCGCUGCAAGACAAGAAACAAACAAGGGACACGGAGCUGCAAGACAAGAAACAAGAGACACCGCGCUGCAAGACAAGAAACAAGAGACAGCGCGCUGCUGGACAACAUACAAAAGACACAGCGCGCAAGACAAGAAACAAGAGACACCGCGCUGCAACACAAGAAACAAGAGACACCGCGCUGCAAGACAAGAAACAAGAGACACCGCGCUGCUGGACAACAUACAAAAGACACGGCGCUGCAAGACAAGAAACAAGAGACACCGCGCUGCUGGACAACAUACAAGAGACACGGCGCUGCAAGACAAGAAACAAGAGACACCGCGCUGCAAUACAAGAAACAAGAGACACCGCGCUGCUGGACAACAUACAAGAGACACGGCGCUGCAAGACAAGAAACAAGAGACACCGCGCUGUAAGACAAGAAACAAGAGACACGGCGCUGCUGGACAACAUACAAGAGACACGGCGCUUCAAAACAAGAAACAAGGGACACCGCGCUGCAAGACAAGAAACAAGAAACACCGCGCUGCGGGACAACAUACAAGAGACACGGCGCUACAAGACAAGAAACAAGCAAGGGACACAGCGCUGCAAGACAAGAAACAAGAGACACGACGCUGUAUAA